CAAUUUUUUCCAAAAAAGAAAAGAAAAAGAAGAAGAAGAAAUGAGCACGACUGAGCUUCUCCGAUUCAACAAAGGCAAGAAGCCCAGAGCGCCGUCGGCUUCUCCGUCGCCACCCGACGACCGCAACAACUCCCUCAACCCGACCCGAUUCCUCUCCAUGGCCCGCAAAUCCUCCCUCCUCAAACAAGCCCUCGCCACCAUCGUCAUCGUCCUCGUCCUCUACGCCUUCCUCAACACCUUCCUCUCCCCCGCCGCCGUCUCCCCCUCCCUCCCCUCCUUCUCCACCCUCUCCCGCGACUCCGACCUCAACCUCUUUCCUCACCCCUCCGCCGCCGCCGCCGCCGCCGUCAAGGUCUUCCUCUACGACCUCCCCACCCGCUUCACCUACGGCAUCAUCCAGCAGCACUCGCUCGCCCGCGGCGGCCGCCCCUCCGACGACCUCUCGUCGCUCAAGUACCCCGGCCACCAGCACAUGGGGGAGUGGUACCUCUUCAAGGACCUAUUGCAGCCCGAAUCCGGCCGGGUCGGGUCGCCGGUGGUUAGGGUUUUGGAUCCGGACGACGCGGACCUGUUCUUCGUGCCGUUCUUCUCCUCCCUGAGCUUGAUCGUCAACACGAACCGCCAGGCCGCCGGAUCGGGGGAGCUUCCGGCGGCGUACAGCGACGAGGAGAACCAGGUGGCGCUGGUGGAGUGGCUGGAGGCGCAGGAGUACUGGAAGAGGAACAGUGGACGCGACCAUGUGAUCAUGGCCUCUGAUCCCAAUGCUCUGUAUAAAGUGCUUGAUAGUGUUAAAAAUGCAGUCUUGCUUGUUUGUGACUUCGGCCGGCUCAAACCGGACCAGGGCUCGCUGGUGAAGGAUGUCAUUGUGCCCUAUUCGCACCGCAUCAACACUUAUAAUGGCGACAUUAGUGUCGAAAAUCGCAACACUUUGUUGUUCUUCAUGGGCAACCGGUUUCGCAAGGAGGGGGGAAAGAUUCGAGAUUUGCUUUUCCAGUUGCUUGAGAAUGAAGAGGAUGUGAUUGUGAAGCAUGGAACUCAAUCCAGGGAGAGUCGGCGGGCUGCUACACAUGGGAUGCAUACGUCGAAGUUUUGUUUGAAUCCUGCUGGUGAUACUCCAUCAGCUUGCCGGCUUUUUGACUCUAUAGUUAGCUUGUGUGUUCCGGUGGUAAUCAGUGAUAGCAUUGAGCUGCCGUUUGAAGAUGUUAUAGACUACAGGAAGAUAGCUAUAUUUGUUGAAUCCAAUACAGCUUUGAAGCCGGGAUUCCUGGUCUCGAUGCUAAGAGAGAUUACCAGUGAGAGAAUACUUGAAUAUCAGAAACAGCUGAAUGAGGUGAAGCAUUAUUUUCAAUAUGGAGUACCAAAUGGAUCAGUGAAAGAAAUAUGGCGCCAGGUAGCACAAAAGCUUCCCUUUAUCAAAUUGUCAAUCAACCGUGACAAACGCCUUGUCAAGAGGGAUCUGAAUGUACCGGACUGCUCUUGUGUCUGCUCAAACCAGACUGGGAUAAUAACCAGCUUAUGAUGACAUUUUUGCCACUGACAUUCUUUUAAUCAGAGAUCCAGAGUGAUCACUCUAUUCUUAGGAGCGUCAAUUUAGUUCCAAAAGCCUGGAAUUGAGUAUCAUCGAUGGGGGAUUCUGUUAUGCGUCUGAGAAGCUACUCUGCUAUAAGCUGCAGAAACAGAUAUGUGAUCACUAAAAAUAUCUGUUCUUCAACAGACGGGCGUUCUGAAAUCAAGGCCAGGGGUAAUGGAAUUUACAGACAGGGCUAUACUGUAGAUACUGUUGUUUUUACUCUGGUCAUGAAGCUUAGCAAUUGGAAAAUUAAAUUACUACACGUAAUUGUAAUUCAUUUGUAUAUUGGUUAGAGAAUAAGCAUCAGAUAUAUGAUUUUCUCUUUUUCGCUAUUAUAACUGAUUGAAAACCCUCUA